CAGUCCUGAAUGGGCUCUGCACAGCCCUGCCUUCCCUUGGGUUUGGAUGUGAUCUCGUGCUUCUGCCACGCUCAUGGGUCUCUGCUCUGUUUCAGGGGCACAGCUGAAUGAAGGGGCUGGCCUGAGAAGGCCGCUGUGUGAAGACCUGGCUCACCUGCAGGCCUGCCCCCUCCUGUACCUGCCCAUCUGUGGGACCGAUGGGAAUACCUAUGCCAAUGAGUGCCAGCUCUGUGUGGAAAAAAUGAAAACCAGGCAAGACAUCCGGAUUUUGAAAGAUGGGCAGUGUCAAGAUACCUGAGCAGUGUCAAGAUACCUGAGCUUUCUGAUAGGUUUCCUGAGCCUAAAACCAAGUGAUUAAUUGAUCCUGUGUGCUCUGUGCGAAUUGCACACUUAA